GUGCCCUUCGCGCUACGAGUUUAUCACUCCUUCUGGCAACUAAGACAUGAAGACAGCAAUGACAGUCACUUUAGAGCAAAUAUAUUGAUCUGACAGCUCAGCUACAUGGCCAUUGAUAUAUCCGCAAAACACAUCGUUGGUUUUCAGUCGCACGGAAAAGGACUUUGAAGAAACGUCGCUUGAAAGGGAUCUCAAAAAGAUUUUUUUUUUGCUUUUUUAAAACUUUUAACUGGAUUGAUUGAAACUCUGCGGCUACAGACCCGUUCCGAGGUGCCAGCAAAAAGCUUCUCGCAGGUUCCUUGCAGAGGAUUUUAGAAUUUGUAUUUAUUUUUCCGUUGGCGUAUUCGCAUGAAUCUACUCGACCCGUACCUUAACAUGACAGACGAACAGGAGAAGUGUCUCUCUGACGCCCCAAGUCCGAGCAUGUCCGUGGACUCCGCAGGCUCCCCUUGCCCAUCAGGAUCGAGUUCUGACACCGAAAACACAAGACCAUCCGAGAACCACAUUCUGGGGCCGGAUGGGUCUCUCAGAGAAUUUCCGAAAGAGGAGGAGGAGAAAUUCCCUGUCUGUAUCCGAGAUGCCGUCUCGCAGGUGUUGAAAGGCUACGACUGGACAUUGGUGCCCAUGCCAGUUCGAGUGAACGGCUCCAGCAAGUCUAAGCCCCACGUUAAGAGACCCAUGAACGCGUUUAUGGUGUGGGCGCAAGCUGCUCGCAGGAAGCUAGCUGACCAGUAUCCGCACCUCCACAACGCCGAAUUGAGCAAGACGCUGGGCAAACUUUGGAGGCUGCUCAACGAACUAGAGAAACGCCCUUUUGUGGAAGAAGCUGAGCGACUGAGGGUUCAACACAAGAAAGAUCACCCCGACUACAAGUACCAACCGCGCAGACGUAAGUCUGUGAAGAACGGCCAGAGCGAGUCCGAGGACGGCGAGCAGACUCACAUCUCUCCCACUGCCAUCUUCAAAGCGCUACAAGCCGACUCCCCCGCCUCCAGCAUAGGCGAAGUGCAUUCUCCUAGCGAUCAUUCGGGUCAGUCUCAGGGCCCACCCACGCCUCCUACCACCCCUAAGACAGACCAGCCCUCCUCUAAAGGUGAGCUGAAGCGAGAGAGUCGCCCCAUAAACGAGGCAUCUGCCCGCCAGCACAACAUUUUCGGGGAUGUGGACAUUGGUCUGCUCAACAGCGACAUCAUCCCUAACAUCGACUUUGACGUCGAAGAGUUCAACCAGUACCUGCCGUCCCACAGCCAAGCGGGCAUGGCCAUGGCUAACGGCAGCUCCCAGAGUUACGGCUACGGUCCAUCAGGCGCCCAGGUCGUGUCAGGCAGCGGUGGGCAGAGCUGGCUGGCCAAGCAGCAGGCAGGGCAGCAGGGCCAAACGGGCCACUCCCUCACCACACUGUCCAGUGCGUCAGAGCAGCGUCCGGCUCAGAUCAAGACAGAGCAGAUGAGCCCCGGCCACUACAGUGACCAGCAGGGCUCCCCUCCACAGCCGGGGGCCUACGGCUCCUUCAGCCUCCAGCACUACACCGCUGCCGCUGCCGCCGCCGCGGGCUACCCAACCAUCUCCCGUGCCCAGUACGACUACUCCGACCACCAGGGCGGCGCCAGCUCCUACUACAGCCACACGGCUGCCGGAGGCCAGGGCUCCGGCCUCUACCCCGGCUUCAGCUACAUGAACCCCAGCCAGAGGCCACUCUACACUCCCAUCGCCGACACCACCGGAGUGCCCUCCGUUCCCCAGACACAGCAGUGGGAGCAGCAGCCCGUCUACACCCAGCUCUCCCGGCCCUGAGAAAGAGGACGCAGAGAGAGAGAGAGAGAGAGAGAGAGAGAUAGAGAAAAAUAGAGAGAGAAAGAAUGAGAGAGCUCACCGCACAAGCUGAACUUCAGCACUCACCUCAGCCAGAGAGACACUCUCACAGACAAGCAAGCCGAAAACAAAAACAGACAUUCGAAAGAAAGCAAACAAUAAGGUGUUUUGAAAAAAAAAGUACUGAACACAAUGAAAUGGCUCCCAAUUGUGCCUUCCUUAACGAGCGGAGUUGUUGUUAUAUAUUUUUUUUAGAUAUAACGAAAAGAAACUCAUCUGACUUUGUUAUUUUUAAAAAGAAAAUCCUCUGUGAGGACAUAUUUCAUGAUAAAUAUUUAGUAUGUACUGUGUAUGUGUCAUGAUCUUAUAUAUUUUUUUUUUGUCGUUGUUUCAGCAGUUUGUUGUUUUUCUACUUUAACACAGAGGGGAAAAGCCGCCGUAAGUGGAAUCCUCUUUGGCCCUUUUUUCUCACUUAGGUAAAGACUGGAGGAAACAAAAGACUCCACCUGUCAACUCCAGCUGUAGAUUGGGCCUUUAAAAUGGCCCCAGCAGCAGGUCCAUCAGUCUAUACUGAACUGUAUGUUCUGGAAAUUGGGUUGUACAAUCUCGAAGCAAUUCCUAGCAUCUUACAAUGUCAUUUUUUAAAAGUGUUUCUUAGAGCAGUGGAUGAGCCGUGUUUAUUUAAGUGUCAUUUUCCAAUAUUUGGUUUGGGUCCUUACGGAGGCACAAUUCCUGUGCCAGCACACACGUGCUUUGGCUCUGUGUAUAUAUUUGAUUGAUUCUUAUAGAGCAAAGUUAAUGUCAGUUUGCCAAUGGCAAUUUGCUGUGAUGUAACGGCAGAGAGAGAGAGAGAGAGAGAGAGAGAGGUGGCUCUACUUCUAGUGCCCAGUGCAGCACCAUAGCAGACACCACCAGCCUAACCAGCAUGCCACAGUGCCAUGGAGUUUUGCCCAAACUCCAUUUGUCUCUGCAUUUUUGGAGAGAGAGGGGGAGAGCAUUGCCUUGAUGCCACGUGUGCCUGCUCAGCCAACAUGCGCACACACACACACACACACACACACACACACACACACACACACACACACACAGAGAGAGAGACAUACACACACAUAUCUACACACAUGUGCACACAAUCCGAGCCUCAAGUGUGUGCACAGCCCAGACCCGCCUCUCACUUCCUUUCUUAAGGAGCCACAGGAAGUGACCCUUGACCCCUCUGUUAGGCUCAGUGGAGUUCCUUACUUCCUUACUGCCAGUCUUAACAUCUUUAAUUUAUUCAUUAGUAUUAAUUUUAUUUGAAAAGAAUUAAUAACUAUUUUUGCCUUCCUAUCUUUUAAUUCUUAUCCGUAUAACUAACCAAGAUGUAAAACAAGUUUGCAGCAGUUUUUUUCUGUUAAAUUGUGGUACGAACUUUGAAAACCAUCUCCUUUAUUUAUCAUUUGUAAAUGAUUCCAUUUAAAAUAUUUUCUAAUUGAUUAUCUAGCUGUGUACAGAUUCUUCUAAUUGUUAUAAAAACUUGAUCAAAAGAGAGACAAAAAACUGGAAGUUGUUAUUUUUCAUUCUAACCAGAGUUAAAGACUGUUGGAAACAGGGGCAGAGUUGAACAUUUGAAACGGUUAUAUUCUUUGUAAUAUCACCAGAAUGCUUUUAUUCGUAUAUUUUUUCAAAGAGGUGUUGUUCCUUUCCUUAUUCCAUAUUCUAGAAUUCAUGUUGACAUCUUUUAAUCCAGCUGAGUCUAUGUUUCCUAGGUACGAACAUACCAAUGUCUUAAAGAAGCUUAUCUUUUGUAUUAUAUUGUUUGCAAUAAAAAGAAAAGAUAUAAAAAUA